GACUUCCGGUGUGCCGUUUGCCACAAAGUGUUCCCUCUGCAGCGCAUGCUCACCCGUCACCUCAAGUGCCACAGCGUGGUGAAGAGACACCUGUGCAGGUACUGCGGCAAGGGCUUCAACGAUACCUUCGACCUCAAGAGGCACAUGCGCACCCACACAGGUAUCCGGCCCUACAGGUGUGAGUUGUGUGAAAAGGCCUUUACCCAGCGGUGCUCCCUGGAGUCCCACCUGCGGAAGAUCCACGGAGUGCGGCAGCAGUACGCCUACCGCCAGCGCCGUUCCAAGAUCUUCGUAUGCGAGGACUGCGGCUUCACUUCCACGCGGCCCGAGGAAUACUUCCUGCACGUGCGCCAGUGCCACCCAGGUAGCCCCGCCCUGCGUAGGUACUACCGCAAGCACGCCCACGAGCAGGCCACCGUCCCCACUGAGCACAAACUCGGCUCCCUGCUGCUCUACCCAGCAGCUGGGUACCUCAUCUAA